UUUUUUUUUUUUUUUUUAAUUAAAGUUAUACUGGUUUCUUUUAAUUAUGGCAGGUAAUCAUUCAAAGAAAUCAGUUGAAAGAAAAGAUUCUUAUAAGCAACAACAAAGAAAGAAUUUAUCUAAUAAUGUAACGACAUCAACAAAAAAGGAAAACAAGUCAUCUUCAUUUUUAAAUAAUACCAAAGCACAACAAGCAGCAGGAGCAGCUAUUUUGUCAGCUGUUACUUCACCUCAAGCAUCUAAUUUAAUUCAACAACAGCCUCCUUCAGUUGGUGUUAAUGGCUUUAAUAGAGGAGAAAUCAUUGAAUUUUUAAACAUGCGAUUUUCUGAUGCAUUGACAGCUUAUCAUGAUACCAAUUUAGAUCCUUCGGUUAGACCUGAAAAAUAUGAAAGUAAUAAAUCAACUGCUUGGAAUAAAGAUGCGCCCUUUGUAUGGGGACAACAAUCAAAAGGAGCAGGCACGACAUUACCCAUUGGUACAAUGGCAAAUGGAACUGAUUUCUUGACCGAAUUAUUUAAUCAAUCAACAACCAUUCAAUAAAAUUUUUAUGUAUUUUUUUUUUCCUUCUCCGGCAUAAUAAAUUAUGUAAUAUACUAUGUA